AUGUCCAUUUCCGUCAGCGAGAACCGCCCUGGUCCCUCAGUCAGCGAUACCAGUUCCCGAUGUGUCCAACCAAGCUCGACGACAUACUCAACCUACAGCCAGGAGCUCAUCGGCCACAAGCCACUCUCCCGCCGCAACUCAAACACCACCCUACAAUCUCGCCCCUCCAGCCCUACCCCCCCAGCCCGCCAGGACGACGAUCACCUCGCACCAUCAUUCAUCGCCAACGGCGACCCGCUGUUCCUCUCCACGGCCUCCCCCGGCCAGGACGCCCCCUACCACAACAUCAACCAGGACAAGGUCAACCUCAAGCACGCCCUCGAGGACCUCGCAAGGCAGCCCCCCAACGGUAACACCAACGGCCACUCCGCCGACGGCGGCGGUGACGGCCACAACAGCAACAAGCGUCCCCGGAGGGACGACCCCAGCAGCCAGUCCUCCCCCGCCAAGGCCACCACCGCCUCCAUCACCACCCGCAGAAACGGCCUCAAGGACGUGGAGGGCUCCUCGGUCAAGGACGCCAAGGCCCGCAAGACAUCUUGA